AAUUCUCCGAACCUAGAGGAGGUCGCGCGGCCGCAGCAGGAACGACAGGGCCCACUGGACACGUGCAUCCUUGGGCCUGUCCGUCCAGAAGACAUGUUCCAGACUGUCCCUGACACGUCGUCUUACGUCAAGGAGGCGCUGUCUGUGGUGAGUGAAGACCAGUCGUUAUUUGAGCCUCCGUACGCUGCUGCUGCCCCCCUCCCCAAAACAGAUAUGACAGCAUCUGGGACACAGGACUAUGGCCAGACCCACAAAAUCAACCCCCUACCCCCGCAGCAGGAGUGGAUCGGCCAGCCUGUGAGGGUCAACGUCAAGAGAGAAUACGAGCACAUGAAUGGCUCCAGCAGGGAGUCUCCUGUGGACUGCAGUGUGGGCAAAUGUAACAAGCUGGUGGGGGGAAACGACACCUCCCAGAUGACCUAUGGAACCUACAUGGACGAGAAGAAUGCCCCGCCCCCCAACAUGACCACCAAUGAGCGCAGAGUUAUCGUUCCUGCAGACCCGUCCCUGUGGUCGCAGGACCACGUGCGCCAGUGGCUGGAGUGGGCCAUCAAGGAGUACGGCCUGUUGGAGAUCGACAUGUCCAUGUUCCAAAACACGGACGGCAAAGAGCUCUGCAAGAUGAACAAAGACGACUUCCUCCGCCUCACCUCCAUGUACAAUGCAGAAGUGCUUCUGUCUCAUCUCAAUUACCUCAGGGAAAGUAGCUCAUCGUUAUCCUACAACACACCAUCCCACACAGACCCCUCCCCACGUCUGGCUGCCAAAGAAGACCCUUCAUAUGAUGCUGUACGGCGAACAGGUUGGUCCAACAACAUGCACAGUGGCAAAGGCUCACCCGUACUAAACCAGAAUGUGACCAAGUCCGCUGAGCAGCCCAGAGCUCAGCCAGAUCCUUACCAGAUUCUGGGGCCCACCAGCAGUCGUCUUGCUAACCCAGGGUCAGGUCAGAUCCAGCUGUGGCAGUUCCUCCUGGAGCUCUUGUCUGACAGUGCCAACGCUGGCUGCAUCACUUGGGAGGGAACCAAUGGCGAGUUUAAAAUGACAGAUCCGGAUGAGGUGGCGCGGCGCUGGGGCGAGCGUAAAAGCAAGCCCAACAUGAACUACGACAAGCUUAGCCGUGCACUGCGCUACUACUAUGACAAAAAUAUCAUGACAAAGGUGCAUGGCAAGCGCUAUGCCUACAAGUUCGACUUCCACGGCAUUGCUCAGGCGUUGCAGCCACACCCCACCGAGUCCUCCAUGUACAAGUACCCCUCAGACCUCACCUAUGUGCCUUCCUACCAUGCCCACCAGCAGAAGGUCAACUUUGUAUCUCCGCACCCUCCAUCCAUGCCAGUCUCUUCCUCCAAUUUCUUUGGACCAACUGCUCAAUACUGGAGCUCACCCACUGCAGGCAUCUACCCGAACCCAAAUGUCCCUCGCCAUCCUAACACUCAUGUGCCCUCCCAUCUGGGCAGUUACUAUUAAAUCAACCAUCCUGAUCAUUGACCAGCUUUGAAAAUCCACCAUUCCCACCAUUAAAUCCACAAUUGCUGACCUGCACUCCUAAUUCCACCAAAGCCUCAAUUAAAAUUCAGCUGAAAAAUACAAUAAAUUGAGUGUUUUU